CGACACUAAUCAAAAUGUCACCACGUCUUAAAAUAUCAAAAUAUGUUAUUGAGCGGCUUUCGAAGCUUAAUACGAAUGAACCUACAGGAUGUCUGUACGGUCUUAUGUACGACAGCACUUUGCUCGUCGUAGGACUGAGUUUAGAGUUUUUUGAAAAUGAGCAGAAAACUUAUAGACAACUUCUUCUUCAUUUACCCGCUGAAAUUGAGUUAUGCGGUGUUAUUAAAUUCAGUGAAACUUUGUCUAUAGAAUCAAAGCCUAAGGAAAUAUUUCAGGAUGUAGACAUAACCGACAAUCCACUUUUUAUUGUUAUCAGUAGGGAAAAAGAGAUAAAAGCACAUUUUUUGGUUCAUGACAAAUUUGAAGAAACAAGCUAUGAAGUCCUACAGACUGAUGAACUGUGGAAACAAUUUAUUCAUGUGCGUCUAAACACUGUGGUGCCAUUAACAUGUGAAGCAACAAUUACAGGAGUCAAAAAUAUUAUGCAGAAUAAAAGGAAAAAGAUAGCAUCUGGACAAGUCUCAUUCCAAAUCGAUUCAACAUCAAUAUACUUAUUUGGAGUAGCUUCAGAUGUUGGGGUUACUGGCACAAGUACAGAAGCAAAUAUAGGAGAGUUAAUUGACUCCAUUGGUCCUGAACAACCUUCAAAAAAGAAAAAGCAUAGUAUAAGUAAAGUUGAAAUAGUUCCUGUUAAUUUAGUAUUGAAGACAACAAAAGACAUGUUAUCAGAUAAGCUAGUAAAAACAGCUGUCAAGAUGAUGACUACACAGAGAAAACCGUCAUUUUGCAUCAGUAUGCCCCUAAGGGUGGAUACUUUGGCCAUGAUACACAGAAACACAAAACUGUCAGAACUGUACACUGUCCUAGUUGAAGCUGCUUGCAGAUCUCUCAAACUACUUGAAUAUGUUUUAUUGGAGCAACUAGGUCAAGAAGGUAUUGGAGAUGGAGCAGGUUUACGUUUACCUGAAAUUUUCCAUUUUCUACCUCCGGAACUUGGUCACUUUAUCACACGAGUUGUACCUAAAGGCAUACCAGAUGAAAGCAUGGAAAGUGAGAGGCGGUCGCUACACGAACAGCUCUCUUUACCACUAGACAGGCCUAUGUUCAGAAGGGGGAACGCGUAUCCUUCCAAGAGUGGGAAAUUGAUCAACCCACAUGAAGCUAUACCGCCUCAGCCAAUCAAGCCAGAUGUAACUGUAGCUCUGGUUCGAGGGCGCUACUCCUACCACCACUACAUGCAAGAUAACUUCAAUGACGAUGGCUGGGGUUGUGCCUAUCGGUCCAUGCAGACUAUAUUUUCUUGGUUCAAGUUUCAAGGAUAUAAUACAAUCGAUAUACCAACACACAGAGAUAUCCAAUACUGCCUUGUUAAUAUUGGUGAUAAGGCAUCCGCCUUUUUAGGUUCUAAGCAAUGGAUAGGAUCAACGGAAGUGAUGUUUUGUUUGGAAUCCCUCUUGGGUGUACAAUCUAGGAUUAUUUUUGCUAACACUGGCGCAGAAUUGCUUAGCUACACGCCAGAGCUUGUUCACCAUUUCGAGAGGCAUGGAAGCCCAAUCAUGAUAGGUGGCGGUGUGCUAGCCCAUACGAUAUUAGGCGUAGAAUACAACAGUGUUACGAACGAGACGCGAUAUCUUAUACUUGAUCCACACUACACGGGCGCCGACGACAUAAGCGUUGUUAUCAGCAAGGGAUGGUGCGGCUGGAAGAAUUCGGACUUUUGGAACAAAACAGCUCAUUAUAAUCUUUGUUUGCCACUAACAAAACCAGCUAUAUAAAGUUUUUUUUAAUAAAAUGGCUAGUAAAUUUAUAUGUGUAUAGGAAUAUUCCAUUGUGUCCACUUUGGAUUCGGUUAAAAUGGGGCGUAACAAAAGCGCAGUUAUUUCAUUGCCAUUAUUUGUAUUCCAUCAUUUUUAAUAUGAAAAGGCUAAUUUUAAACUACUAUUAAUUCCAAAACAGCUUUUUUAGUCUAUAUACUCCAUAUUGUUUAAAAAAUGUUAACUAUGUUUCAACCGAUAGCAACAUGUCAUUUAUAACCUUGAAUUAUUAUUUCGAAUAGAAAAAUUCCAUCUUGCAUUUAAGUGAGCAAUCGAUUGAUAACAUAUAAAAAUAAGUGUCUAAUGAUUUUGCUCAAUAGAAAUGAAUAUCGUAACAUUUACGAUAAAUAAAUCGGUUAAACCAAUAUUUUACGUGGGCGAAAUUUCAGCACAUAUAUUUGUAAUACAUUUAAAUAUAUACAAAGUAAUGCGGCAUCCCUCUUAAAAGUGUCUCAUUGAACUAUGGACCUACUUAAAGUAGAUCGAAACUACAAUAUUCUAAUAUAUAGUUGGCACUAACAGUCCUGAUGUGAAAGUGCUAAUUUUAAUUUUGGUAUUAGGGGACAAAAGGACCUUGGCGUGCGAAAGGAAAAGCACUGCGAGAGAUACGGGUUAAAAUGCCGCCGAUUCAAAAA